AUGGCCGCGGGGAACACUGCACCUCCCUUCUCCUCCGCCAAAGAAGUGCCGUUCAUGCCCGUCAUCGCGGCGACAGGCAAAACUCGUCGCCAAGUCCGUUUCUCAUCAGCCAGCCAAGCAUCGGGACCAGCAAGGCCGAGUUGCAGAAGCUCCAACUCUAGUCUGCGGCCCAACCGUGCUCCUUCUGCAGCCAAAUCCCGUGAUCUUCAAUUGCUGAGCAAGUCGACCACCAUGGAGGAACCGCAGUCCCACUCGGGCGUCGUCCCGGCGCUCUUCACCCAGCCCCCGGUCCUCCAGGACGCGCUCAUCACCGAGACGACAGAGCUCCAGAAUGAGACCGUUGACAAAUGUCUUCCAUUCCUCAAGGGGAUCCACAAGACCCAAAACGGCCCCUUUAACCAACAUGGCGUGCAGGCACUCAAACGCGACGAGCACAUCGGCUAUCUUUAUGACUCCCUCGAAGACUAUCCCGCCGGCUUCGUGGCCAUGGAUGCGAGUCGGCCCUGGAUGGCCUACUGGGCGCUAGCGGGGUUGAGUCUGCUGGGGGAGGAUGUCACCAAGUUUCGUCAACGGAUCAUUUCUACAUUCGGAGCCAUGCAGAACCCUACCGGUGGCUUCGGUGGCGGACAUGGUCAAAUGUCCCACUGCGCGUCCAGCUAUGCGGCCGUGUUAUCGCUCGCCAUGGUCGGGGGUGGAGAAGUCUUCCAGUUGAUUGAUCGAAAAGCAAUCGGCGCAUAUUGUGCAAUGGUGAUCAUAUCACUACUCGACCUCCCACUCACUCUACCCCCGGGAUCGGAAGCGCGCCAGUCCGGACUCGAAACGUUCACCUCUGGUCUUUCUGAAUAUCUCGCCAGAUGUCAGACGUUUGAAGGUGGUAUCUCCGGGAGUCCCGGGUCAGAAGCCCACGGGGCUUACGCAUUCUGUGCUUUGGCAUGCCUCAGCAUUCUCGGCAAACCAGAGGUCUCCAUGGCCAGAUGCAUGGAUGUUCCACUAUUGCUCUCGUGGCUUUCGUCGCGCCAGUACGCUCCCGAGGGAGGCUUCUCCGGAAGGACCAACAAGCUAGUCGAUGGCUGUUACAGUCACUGGGUCGGGAGUUGCUGGCCUUUGCUCCAGGCGGCUCUGGACGGCACCCAGCCAGAGUCAGGCCCUCAAGCGACCUCUGUGGGCGAUCUGUACAGCCGCGAGGGCUUGACCCGGUAUAUUCUGGGAUGCUGCCAAGGGAAGGAUGGAGGUCUUCGCGACAAGCCUGGGAAACAUGUGGACUCGUAUCAUACCUGCUACACGCUUACGGGGUUGAGUAUGGCUCAAUACCGCCACUACUACACGGAUGUCAGCGUGAGCGCAAAGGGCGAGUUCCAUUCAGCGUUCUCGUGGAAAUCGCUACCUAUCAAGACGGCACCGGUGGAGAAUGCCUCGGACGUGAAUGUGUUUGACGAGAGCGAUCGACUUACGGCGUUCCAUCCCAUCUAUGUGAUUCCUCAUCGAGCUGCCGAGGAGAUGCGUCGUUGGUUUGAGAAUCAACCGUUGGUGGUUGAGGGGGAAAAGCAGGAGUAA